CAAAACCCUCUCAAGCCGGCCCAAGCCAAACGAGCCAUAGUUAAGCACCGGUCUUUCCUGUUCACCGAGCUCACACUUGGCCCAUCGACUCCGGCCAGACUGCAGACCAAACCACCCAACCGGAAAAAAUAAAAUAAAAUACAAUAAAAUACCAUAUACCCAAAAAAUAACACGACGGGCAUCGCGCUUUCCAGAUAGGGGCUCUGUCUCACCGUCCCCGGAGGGUCGCCUGCCGUGCCUACCCCAGUUGAGAGAUCUGCAGCCGUCGCGGAGAACCUCCCAAGAGCCCAAGCGCAUGCACCAUGGCUGCUUCAUCAGCACAAUUUCCUGCUCCGACAAUUCCAUAUCCCCCUUCUUCGUCAUCAGGAGAAGAAGAAGACGCCGACGACCCUCUCAGACUCUCUCUACGACAACAGCAACACAGUACUCGAAGCAACAAGCGCGGCACGUACGCUAACAGAGUUCACCCGCCUACACCAUCACUGUUGACGACUGCGUCCGCCGAUCACGAGACCACCGCCGUCUCCAGUCGCGUUCGACACGCCGGCACCGGAAUCGACGUUGAACGGUGGAUGAGCGAUAGCGAAUCCGAGGAGUUGGAAAUGGACAGCUAUCAUGGAAGAGGGGCCGCCGCGAGCGAUGACGAGGAGGUCGGCAGGCGAAAGCCUCGGGGGGUUCGGCACCGCGCUGGUGACGAGUCCGAGGAAGCCGCUCUCAUCCAGGGAGACAUCCUUGAUGACGAGGUGACCCGGCAGGAGAAGAAGGAGGCGGAUGGGAGGGUCAUGCGGGAUCUGGCAAUCAACCUGAUUUUGAUCGGACUGUGGUAUCUAUUCUCGCUCUUGAUAUCAGUUUACAACAAAUGGAUGUUCUCACCGGAUCACCUGAACUUCCACUUCCCGCUGUUCACGACGUGCGUGCACAUGAUCGUCCAGUUCUCGCUGUCGUCACUCGUACUAUACGCGUUACCACAAUUCCGGCCGGUAGGCUUCUUCGGCGAACCAGAUGCGCCCGAGGAUCUCCCAUCGGUUGCCGAUGCUGGCGGCUCGGAGAGCAGAUUUGCGAGGUGGUUCAGAUUCAACAGCUGGGCGCAAGAGCGCAAGAAGGCCCAGCAGGGGGUUAUGACAAAGUGGGUCUACAUGACCAAGAUUGCGCCGUGUGGUGCAGCUACGGGGUUGGAUAUCGGCCUGGGCAACAUGAGCUUGAAGUACAUCACUUUGGCCUUCUACACUAUGUGCAAAUCCUCCUCACUGGCCUUCGUCCUCGUUUUCGCCUUCGCCUUCCGCCUAGAAAAAGUUACGUUGAAGCUCAUUGGCAUCAUCGGCGUGAUGACAAUCGGCGUAGUAAUGAUGGUAGCCAGCGAAGCGCAAUUCGUGACGAUCGGCUUCAUCCUCGUGCUGAUGGCGUCCGCACUCUCGGGCCUGCGCUGGUCACUGACGCAGAUGCUUCUCCUGCACAACCCCGCCACGGGCAACCCCUUCUCGUCGAUCUUCUUCCUGGCACCCUGCAUGUUCGUCUCGAUCCUCGCCGUCGCCAUCCCCGUCGAGGGCUUCGGACCACUGUUCGAGCGCUUCGGAGAGCUUGUGGACCAAGAGGGUGUCAUCCGCGCCGUCGCAAUCGUCGUGUUCCCCGGCGUAAUCGCGUUCCUCAUGGUAUCCAGCGAAUUCGCCCUCCUCAAACGCUCCUCAGUCGUAACACUCAGCAUCUGCGGCAUCUUCAAAGAAGUGAUGACGAUCUCUGCGGCCGCCAUAAUCUUCGACGACCCGCUCACCCCCGUCAACAUUUCCGGUCUACUCGUAACGAUCGUCUCAAUCGCGGCAUACAACUACAUAAAGAUCAGCAAGAUGCGGCGCGAAGCCGUCGAGGCGACGCACCGCCGAGAUCGCGACAGAGCCGGUGCCGCUGCUGGGGCGGUCGCUCCUACCGGCUAAACCUUCUUUGUGCGCGGUAGAAAACGAGACUAGUGGUGGUGCUGGUCAGAGUCAGGGCUUGGGUCAGGGAGGAGUCGGCGUGGGUGAGUCCGCGACGAGCCCCGCUGUCCAGAGGUUUGGCGGGCUCAGUGCGAACGCCUCCGCUACGAACUUGUCGGUGUUUUCGGGGAGUGCGGUUGCGUAACGGGCGCGGGAGCAGGGGGAAGCAGGGGGGAAAUGUUCGCUGCUGUACUAAAUCUAUUUCUUGUGCAUUUUGUUCGGAGUUUGGGGGAUUUGGAUUGGCGGGCUGUUUGGAGGAUGGAUGGAGGAUGGAAAGGAUGGUGAAUGGAUGUGUAUACCUGAAAGGGUUAUCUUUCUUCGUAUUUAUCCAUGUUACGUGGUAGUAGAGCGUGUAGACAUCGAGUUUCUGGACAU